GCUACAAGUUUUCUGCCCUGGUCUUUCCCUUCUUUCACCGAUCACCCCGGACGAGCAGCUUGAUCGAUGAGUGCUCUUGGCGAUCUUGGUUCACCAUGAAGUCGAUUGCCGCAGUUGCGACUGCUUUCCUGUCGCUCCUUUCACCCAUUUUCGCCGAUCCCACAAACGUUAGCAGCACACCCGUCUCCAAGGUCACCCUGCCAUCCACCUUCAAGCCGCCCCAGGUUUUCAAGAAUGCGAAUCUGGUACAUAUCCUCUCGCUAGAGAAGAACUUUGCGAAAGAAUCCAUCAAUGUCCUCAUCGAGAAUGUGUCAAAAGAGCCCCAAGACGAAUACUUUCUGCCAUUCACUAGCGAGCAGAUGGCAAGGGUGGGAGGUAUCGAGGUGAAGGACAGAAAGAAUGUCGAAGUGACUGGAUUUGUGGUUGAAGCUGCGGAGUUUGAUGUCACGAGUGACACCCAGUACUACCGAAUUAAGCUACCCGAGGCUCUUGAACCGAAGGGCCAGCAGACUCUCGGUAUCUCCUUUUACUACUUGAAGGCAUACUCGCCUCUGCCCGCUGCCAUUGAACAGGCCGACAAGCAGUACCUCGUAUACUCCUUCUCGGCCUACUGCGCCUCGGCUUACCCUACCUCCAAGCAAAAGACCGAAGUCAAGCUACCGUCGUCUGAUAUCCCCGAUUACACCAAGAUUGCUGGAAGCGGCGAUGUGAAAGAGUUCCCCCAGAAACAGGGCUCUAAACUUACGUAUGGCCCCUUCACUGAUACUCCAGCUGGUGCUGUUUCGCCUGCCAAGGUCCGAUACGAGUUCACCAGACCCGUAACGCACAUCUCCUACCUCGAACGUGAUGUUGAGGUUAGCCACUGGGGCGGAAACGUCGCUUUUGAGGAGAGAUACACUCUUUACAACCAAGGCGCCAACCUGUCUGCGCUUUUCAACCGCGUCAAGUGGGCUCAGUCGCAAUACUAUAACCCCCAAUCAUAUGCACUGAAGGAGAUGAAGUUCCCUCUUCGAGUGGGCAGCAAGGAUGCAUACUUCACCGAUGCCAUUGGAAAUGUGUCGACGUCUCGCUUCCGGAGUAACAAACGCGAAGCCGUGCUCGAGAUAAAGCCUCGGUAUCCCAUCUUCGGCGGUUGGAAGUACCCGUUCACCAUAGGCUGGAAUGCGGAUGCGAAGCACUAUCUCCGAAAGCAGGCAGGCGACAGCUACAUCCUGAACGUCCCCUUCAUCGAGGGACCCAAACAAGCCGAAGGCGCUGGAUACGAGCAGGUUCAACUGCGGGUUUUCCUGCCAGAAGGCGCCGAGAACGUCAAGUUCUACACGACCAUACCGCAGUCGUCCAUCACUGACCACAUUGUGGAUUUGCAAACAACAUAUCUCGACACCAUUGGUCGCACCGUGCUGACUAUCCGGGCUCGAAAUCUACCCGAUGAAUUCCGGGACCGCGAGUUGAUUGUCUCGUACGAUUACUCGUUCUUUGCGAGCCUCCGCAAGCCACUCGUCAUCUUUGGAAGUAUGAUGGUUGUCUUUGUUGGCACAUGGCUGAUCUCCAAGAUUGACAUGAAGUUUUCGACCAAAUAGACACAACGUUGAAGGGACGGGGUUGCACUGUAAAUUUAGGGAUACAGAAAAGUUAAUGAAAAAUGCAUGGCACUCGAGAAGACCUCGAGAAUAAGAAGUAAAGACAUCUAGCUACAAGCCAUUGCAGGUCUAUAUGGUCAGUUGC